GAGCCGGGCUGAGCAGGCCAACGCGCAUGCACUGGCGGGUUGAUUUAACCGGCGUGCACCGCGGGUCGGACGCGCGCCGGGGAAUAAGCCCUUAAUAGCCCGAAGACUCUGAGGAGAAAGCCACCCCGUCCUCACGCAACUCCUCAAGUAGAAGGAGCGCGCGCUUUUUCUUUUUGCUUUUUCUCGAUGAUUUAGGAACGUUUGGACGCGCGUCGCCGGACGGCGCGGGCAAGUUCUCUUCCCUUGCGGUCUUGCCACGUCGCGGGGCCCGUUACGCGGGGGGGGGGCGUCAACUCGGACGCGCGUGGAAUGACAGCGGCGCUCGUCGCGAGGCAAGAUGCCGCCCAAGAAAAAGGGAGAGCGUCACGAUUCGGACGCGGCCGAGGAGAGAAACGCCCAAGUUCAGUUGGAGAAAGCCAAGUACCGGCCCGUGGCCUUCGCCGUGCGCUGCAACUUCUCCUACACGCCGGCAGAUGACGACAACGUGCCGGUGCCGGGCCGGGCCAUCACCUUUGAGGCCCGGGAUUUCCUCCACAUCAAAGAGAAAUGUAACAACGAAUGGUGGAUCGGCCGGCCCGUGAAGGAGGACGCUGCGGUGGGCUUUAUCCCCAGUCCGGUCAACCUGGAGACCAUCCUGAUCAGGAGAGAAGUCCAGGCCAGGAAGGCGGCCAAGGCCUUAGCCAACAAAGCGUCGUCGCAAAUGGCUCACGACAUGAACGCCAAGAAAUACACGCCUCCAUCGCAAGCCAGCCAGCAGGUGAAAAAGAAGCCGGGGGAGCAGGUGUCCAUGUACGACGUGGUGCCGACCAUGCGGCCCGUGGUUCUCAUGGGACCGUCGCUGAAAGGCUUGGAGGUGACAGACAUGAUGCAAAAAGCCCUUUUUGACUUUUUGAAACAUCGAUUUGAAGGCAGAAUCACAAUCACGCGGGUGACAGCGGACAUCUCCCUGGCGAAGCGCUCCAUACUUAACAACCCGGGGAAAAAAGCCUUAAUUGACCGCACCAACACCCGUUCCAAUUUAGAUGCUGCUGCCCAGAUCCAGGGGGAGGUGGAACGCAUCUUUGAACUGGCUCGCAGUUUACAGCUGGUGGUGCUGGACGCGGACACCGUCAACCACCCGUUGCAGGUGUCCAAGACCUCCCUGGCGCCCAUCCUCGUCUACGUCAAGAUUUCCUCUCCGAAGGUAUUGACCAGGCUGAUCAAGACCAGGGGAAAGUCUCAAACCAAACACCUCAACGUUCAGCUGGUAGCUGCAGACAAGCUUGCCCAGUGUCCGCCGGAAAUGUUCGACGUCAUCUUGGACGAGAAUCAGCUGACGGACGCCUGCGAGCACAUCGCCGACUAUCUGGAGUCGUACUGGAGGGCCACGCACCCGCCGGAAAUGGAGCCCACCAACGAGCUGGUGGCAAGGCUCGCCGAGAACACGCUGCCCAUCGGUCCCGCCGUCGCGCCGGACGAGCAACAGGGCAAGAAGCCGGCCGGGUCCAAGAGGAAGGGUCCCGACGACAACCCGUCCGGUCAGGAGCCCCCCUCUUCGGCCCAGCGGAAACCCGACGAGGGUCGACGAGAGGAUGACGAGGAGGAGCGUCUCCUAUGUAGCGAAACCAAGCGAGCCCAGCACUCUCACCACCACCGCCAUCAUCACCACCACCACCACCACCGCAGGACGGAGGCCAUUCACACCCACAAGCCUGAAGAAGAAGAGGAGGAGGAGGAGCCGCAGGAGAAUGGACGCUCUCGCCACCAUCAUAACCAUCAUCAUCAUAAUCGCCGCGACGAUGACUACGAGCGCCGCAGGCCGCGCCAGCAUUUCACGGCGGACCGCGACAACCGCCGCGGCAGAGGAAGCGAGCGAGAGGGAGAGGGACAAGGACCGAGGCAGAGACGCUAGGCUCAGCCACGGGGACUCGCAUUUACACUAGUUUCUCCUCUGACUUUGUUGUCAACAAUCGGAUGGAUAUUUAGUAUUGUAUAUUUGGAGCAAUUUUUAUGACGAUGUGACUCACGUUCCACUUUUGGUACAAACGGAGGAGUUAUCUCAUGAAAUCACUUUUCACGAGCGCAAAGUGGCUAUGUGACAUUUGUUGAUAAAUGGAGACGCUCUUUAUAGACGCAAUGUAUUCUUAUCUGUGGCCGUUGCACCCGAUUAAAGGUUUCAGCAGCU